AUGGGAUGUGAGGCUGUCGAUAUUCGUCUUAUUGACACCAGGCACGAAACUGUCGCUGUACAAGCCGCCGAGGGAUAUUCACGUAUCAGCAAUAAACUGGGAGUUUGUUUUGUUACCGCAAACAGCGGCAGAUUUUCCAACGGUCUUGCUGGGCUAGCCACGGCUUAUGGUGAUCGAAGCCCAAUUAUGUGCAUCACAUCUUCGCCGCCAUUGCGAGAUACAGAGAACAACUCGCUGCAAGGCUCAAUCGAUCAAGUCGUAGCAGCCCAACCUGUCACGAAAUUCGCACAUAGGGUUGUAGUGCCAGAGGAAUGCCCGAGAAUAGUAUCGCACGCAAUUCGGGUUGCGUUGUCAGGAGCUCCAGGUAUCAGGCUUUCUAAAUGA